UCGAUCUUCUCCACCUUUUUCUCCUCUUCCUCUACCUUCUCUUCCUGCAUCCCCCCCUCCCCCGCCGCGGAUCCUGGCCGCCGCUCUCCAGACCCAGGAUGCCGGGGGGCAAGAGAGGGCUGGUGGCACCGCAGAACACAUUUUUGGAGAACAUCGUCAGGCGCUCCAGCGAAUCGAGUUUCUUACUGGGAAAUGCCCAGAUUGUGGAUUGGCCUGUAGUUUAUAGUAAUGACGGUUUUUGCAAACUCUCUGGGUAUCAUCGAGCUGACGUCAUGCAGAAAAGCAGCACUUGCAGUUUUAUGUAUGGAGAAUUGACUGACAAGAAGACCAUUGAGAAAGUCAGGCAAACUUUUGACAACUACGAGUCAAACUGCUUUGAAGUUCUUCUGUAUAAGAAAAACAGAACCCCUGUUUGGUUUUAUAUGCAAAUUGCACCAAUAAGAAAUGAACAUGAAAAGGUGGUCUUGUUCUUAUGUACUUUUAAGGAUAUUACAUUGUUCAAACAGCCAAUAGAGGAUGAUUCAACAAAAGGUUGGACAAAAUUUGCCCGAUUGACGCGGGCUUUGACAAAUAGCCGAAGUGUUUUGCAGCAGCUCACGCCAAUGAAUAAAACAGAGGUGGUCCACAAACAUUCAAGAUUAGCUGAAGUUCUUCAGCUGGGAUCAGAUAUCCUUCCUCAGUAUAAGCAAGAAGCGCCAAAGACGCCACCACACAUUAUUUUACACUAUUGUGCUUUUAAAACUACUUGGGAUUGGGUGAUUUUAAUUCUUACCUUCUACACCGCCAUUAUGGUUCCUUAUAAUGUUUCCUUCAAAACGAAGCAGAACAACAUAGCCUGGCUGGUGCUGGACAGUGUGGUGGACGUUAUUUUUCUGGUUGACAUUGUUUUAAAUUUUCACACGACCUUUGUGGGACCUGGUGGAGAGGUCAUUUCUGACCCCAAACUGAUAAGGAUGAACUAUCUGAAAACUUGGUUUGUGAUCGAUCUGUUGUCUUGUUUACCUUAUGACAUCAUCAAUGCCUUUGAAAAUGUGGAUGAGGGAAUCAGCAGUCUCUUCAGUUCUUUGAAAGUGGUGCGGCUCUUGCGACUGGGCCGCGUGGCUAGGAAAUUGGACCAUUACCUGGAGUAUGGAGCAGCAGUUCUCGUGCUCCUGGUAUGUGUGUUUGGACUGGUUGCCCACUGGCUGGCUUGCAUAUGGUAUAGCAUUGGGGACUAUGAGGUCAUCGAUGAAGUGACGAACACCAUCCAAAUAGACAGUUGGCUCUACCAGCUGGCCUUGAGCAUUGGGACUCCUUAUCGAUAUAACACCAGUGCAGGGAUAUGGGAAGGAGGACCCAGCAAGGAUUCUCUGUACGUGUCCUCGCUCUACUUUACCAUGACAAGCCUUACAACUAUAGGAUUUGGAAAUAUAGCUCCUACCACAGAUGUGGAGAAGAUGUUUUCAGUGGCCAUGAUGAUGGUUGGCUCUCUUCUUUAUGCAACUAUUUUUGGAAAUGUGACUACAAUUUUCCAGCAAAUGUAUGCCAACACCAACCGAUACCAUGAGAUGCUGAAUAAUGUGCGGGACUUUCUCAAACUCUAUCAGGUCCCCAAAGGCCUCAGUGAACGAGUCAUGGAUUAUAUCGUCUCAACGUGGUCCAUGUCCAAAGGCAUUGACACAGAGAAGGUUCUCUCCAUCUGUCCCAAGGACAUGAGAGCUGAUAUCUGUGUUCAUCUAAACCGGAAGGUUUUUAAUGAACAUCCUGCUUUUCGAUUGGCCAGCGAUGGGUGUCUGCGCGCCUUGGCGGUAGAGUUCCAAACUAUUCACUGUGCUCCUGGGGACCUCAUUUACCAUGCUGGAGAAAGCGUGGAUGCCCUCUGCUUUGUGGUGUCAGGAUCCUUGGAAGUCAUCCAGGAUGAUGAGGUGGUGGCUAUUUUAGGGAAAGGUGAUGUAUUCGGAGACAUCUUCUGGAAGGAAACCACCCUUGCUCACGCGUGUGCCAAUGUCCGAGCACUGACAUACUGUGAUCUCCACAUCAUCAAGCGAGAAGCCUUGCUCAAAGUCCUGGACUUCUAUACAGCUUUUGCAAACUCCUUCUCAAGGAAUCUCACUCUUACUUGCAAUCUGAGGAAACGGAUCAUUUUCCGAAAAAUCAGUGACGUGAAGAAAGAGGAAGAGGAGCGCCUCAGGCAGAAGAACGAGGUCACCCUCAGCAUCCCCGUGGACCACCCGGUCCGAAAGCUCUUCCAGAAGUUCAAGCAGCAGAAGGAGCUGCGGAAUCAGGGGUCCACCCAGAGCGACCCCGAGCGGAACCAGGUUCAGGUAGAAAGCCGCUCCUUACAGAAUGGAGCCUCCAUCACGGGCACCAGUGUGGUCACUGUGUCGCAGAUCACGCCCAUCCAGACGUCUCUGGCUUACGUGAAAACCAGCGAGUCCCUCAAGCAAAACAACCGUGAGGCCAUGGAACUCAAGCCCAAUGGCGGUGCUGACCCCAAAUGCCUCAAAGUCAACAGCCCGAUCAGGAUGAAGAACGGAAAUGGGAGGGGAUGGCUGCGACUCAAGAAUACCAUGGGGGCGCAUGAGGAGAAAAAGGAAGACUGGAAUAAUGUCACGAAAGCCGAGUCCAUGGGGCUACUGUCAGAGGACCCCAAGGGCAGCGAUUCGGAGAACAGCGUUACCAAAAACCCAUUAAGGAAAACAGAUUCUUGUGACAGUGGGAUUACAAAAAGUGACCUUCGUCUGGAUAAGGCCGGAGAGGCCCGGAGUCCGCUGGAGCACAGCCCGAUUCAGGCUGACGCCAAGCACCCCUUUUAUCCCAUCCCAGAGCAGGCCUUACAAACCACACUGCAGGAAGUCAAGCAUGAACUCAAAGAGGACAUUCAGCUGCUAAGCUGCAGAAUGACUGCCCUGGAAAAGCAGGUGGCAGAAAUUUUAAAAAUACUCUCUGAAAAAAGCGUGCCCCAGACCUCUUCUCCCAAAUCCCAAAUGCCACUCCAAGUACCUCCCCAGAUACCAUGUCAGGAUAUUUUUAGUGUUUCAAGGCCUGAGUCACCUGAAUCUGACAAAGAUGAAAUCCACUUUUAAUAAAUAUACCUACACAUAUAUAUUUGUUAAUAUAUUAAAAACAGUAUAUACAUCUAUAUACAUAUGUGUGUAUAUACCGUAUAUACAUCUAUAUAUUUUCACUUGCUUUCAAUAUGAUGAACACACUAUGGAUUUUGAUAUGUAAAUACUGCAUGUCCAGCUGGAUUCUGGCCUGCCAAAGAAGAUGAUUAUUUAAAACAUAGAUAUUGCUUGUAUAUUAUGCAGUUGACUGCAUGCACACUUUACAUUUAUUUAUAAUCUCUAUUCUAAUACAAAAAAAGUAUGAUUUUUGUUAACCAAGGCAAUGUAACAUUUGAAGAAUCAGGGUCCAACCUGCCAAUGUUGCCAUGACAAAUUUGAUCUCAGGCUGAGUAUAUCGAGCUGUCAUUUUCUCACUAUUCUGUUAAGUUAAAAUUAGAGAUUAAUGCCAAGGGAGGGUUCAACCUUUUAGACUGUUGGUACCAUUUUAUAAUCUCUUUUCAUAGGAUAUUUUUCUGUAACUUAGUGUUAGGUUAUUUUCCCCAACAGGCAGUGUUUGCUCCAUCUAAAUGACUGUUUUGUUGCCUAAAUCAGAUAGCAGUGUGGGAUAUUGAGAACGUAUUGCUAUGAGUUUUGUGCAUGAAUUGCAUUUUUGCUCAACUAUACCUCUCCUUUUUAAACACUGUAUUUAGAUAGUAAUCAUUUACUCUUAUGUAAGGAAAUCCCUACUCCCUCCGUCUUGGAGAACAGCUGCCAUCUUAGCUGAUUUUAUCAACCCCAUAAAUAUGGAACUAUUAAUAUAGUGUAUAUUAUUAUAGAAAAACUGCACCACAGGGUAAAAGGGCCUUUUAACAAUUCACAUUAGUGAUGCUGGUUUUUCAGAUGUGAUGAAUGUUCUAAAUUUGUGUUUCUAAAACUUGUUCAAGGGUGAGGUUGAAAGGCUCUUGGCAAAGAAACAAAACACAUUUGAGUAAUCGUAUCAAAAUCAUAACUAUAAUGAUAUAAAUAAAAAUGAAUGUAAACAGAUAGUUUUUGUAGCAUAUCUGUAACUUAGGGUGAAACACAGGUACAGAACCGUUCACACAUGAUUCUUAACAAUGUUUAUAGGGAUAGCACAUCAAACAUGGUUAGGAAAAAAACCUAAGAAGUAGAUGUUAAGUUGCUCAGUUCAGAUAACUGCUUUUCUAUAAUUUUAUUCUGGUUACAAUUUUCUAAAGCUUUUUUGCACACAGUUCUACUGUAGAACUUCUGCUGAAUUGCUACACUAGACUCCUGUGGCUCAGGCAGAUCUAUUUAUGAAAGGAGGGUACUAAAGACUGAAUUUCAGAGUCUUUUGAGUCCUAAAUCCUCUUCUUAGAAAGUGCCUAUAAUCAACUAAAAAAAAAAAAAAGUAACAAACACUUGUGUAUAGUU